AAAAAAAAAAAAAAAAAAAAAAAAACAGGAAGAGUGAUGGCGCCCGUCGACGUCCCCUCAUUCGCAGCCGCGCAGCAAACCCUCCUCCUCGCGGAACUCGAAGCCGAGCUGGCCGAGACGGCGGCGCUCGUGGCCGGCCACAGCCCCGCCGCGCUACAGCGCGCCGGCCUGGCCGUCACGAACCUCGUCGUCGCUGGCACGCGCACUGGCUUUGGCGGCAAGACGCUGCUCGAGCUCGAGCCCGACGCUGCGACUUCUAGGUCAGGGGUGGCGGAGCUGCCAGAGCAUGGGAUUCGCACAGGUGAUAUUCUCGUUGUCGCGGAGCAGCCAGCGGGCAGUGCCAAGAAGCGCGAGGUGCGUGAGCUUGAGCGCAAGGGCGCACGCGGGGUCGUGACGCGUGUGGCGCGUAGGUUUAUUGCUGUUGCGCUGGAUGAUGAGGGUGAGGAUGGUGGUGGUGGUGAGAGUGGCGGUCUGGCUGCUGGGGUUGGGGCCGGCCGCGUGUGGCUUGUCAAGCUGGCCGACGAUGUCACGUACAAGAGAAUGAACGGCACCAUGCAGAAGCUGCAGAAGAUGAGCGAGGCCGAGCACUCCAUCUUCAUCCGCGUGCUGUUUGGGCAGACGAUACCGACGCCGGUCGCGGCGGAAGCUGACGCCGGCGCUGUCGACUGGUUCGACCCCACGCUCAACGACUCCCAAAAGGACGCCAUCCGCUUCGCGCUGGCUUCUAGGGAGAUUGCCCUGAUCCACGGACCCCCUGGGACGGGCAAGACGCACACCUUGAUCGAGCUGAUCCUGCAGCUGGUCAAGCAAAACCUGCGCGUCCUCGUGUGCGGGCCCUCCAACAUCUCAGUCGACAACAUCGUGGAGCGGCUCGCGCCACACCAGGUGCCCAUGGUCCGGCUGGGCCAUCCGGCGCGGUUGCUCCCGUCGGUGCUCAACCACUCGCUCGACGUGCUGACGCGGACGUCCGAGGCGGGCGCCAUCGUCAAGGACGUGCGGGCCGACAUGGACACCAAGCAGGCGUCGCUGCGCAAGGCGCGGAACAGCAAGGAGCGCCGCGCCAUAUACGCCGAGCUGAAGAUAUUGCGCAAGGAGUACCGCGAGCGCGAGCGGCGGUGCGUCAGCAGCCUGGUGGCCGCUAGCAAGGUGGUGCUGGCGACGUGCCACGGCUCGGGCGGGUUCCAGCUGCGCGGCGAGGAGUUCGAUGUUGUCAUCAUCGACGAGGCCUCACAGGCGCUCGAGGCGCAGUGCUGGGUGCCGCUGCUGUCGGCGAAGAAGGCCGUCUGCGCGGGCGACCACCUGCAGCUACCGCCGACCAUCAAGUCGCUCAACAGCUCCUCUUCGUCGUCUGCCUCAAAGAAGAAGUCUUCCAACAGCUCCACGGCAGACGACGCAAAAGGGGAGGGAGAUGCGGCAAAACAAAAGGAGGCAGCAGCAGGAGGAGCGGGGCGAGUGUCUCUAGAGACGACGCUGUUCGACCGGUUGCUGGCGCUGCACGGGCCGUCCAUCAAGAGGAUGCUCACAACACAGUACCGGAUGCACGAGAAGAUCAUGCAGUUCCCGUCGGACGAGCUCUACGAGUCCAAGCUCGUGGCGGCCGAGGCAGUCAAGGCGCGGCUGCUCCGGGACCUCACAUACCCGGUCGAACCCAACGAUGACACCACGGAGCCGCUCAUCUUCAUCGACACGCAGGGCGGCGACUUUCCCGAGAAGAACGAGGACGACGACGAGACAGCCAGCGCGGCAGGCGCAGCCAAGAAGACGAGCAAGAGCCGCCUCAUCGGCGACAGCAAGAGCAACGAGAUGGAGGCGGCGCUGGUGCGGCAGCACGUGCGGAGACUUGUCGAGUCGGGCGUCCGGCCCGAAGACAUCGCCGUGGUGACGCCCUACAAUGCUCAGCUUGCGAUCCUCGCCCCGCUUAAGGAUGCGUUUCCUGGCAUUGAGCUAGGAAGUGUCGAUGGCUUCCAGGGCCGUGAGAAGGAGGCCGUCAUCGUCAGCCUCGUCCGCAGCAACCCCGAGGGCGAGGUCGGGUUCCUGGGUGAGAAGCGGCGCUUGAACGUUGCAAUGACGCGGCCGAAACGCUCUUUGACCGUCAUUGGCGACUCGGAGACGGUCAAGAAAGGCAGUAAGUUCCUUACGCGAUGGAUGUCGUUCCUUGAAGACAAUGCAGACCUCCGAUAUCCGGACGUCUCGUUGCUUGCACUCGAGGCAUGAACCGAGAACGACAACAAGGGGAGAGAAAUAGGGGCCAAGAUUAGGUAAAGGGAAGCAAAAAGGAGAGAGAGGGCACUUUACGCGAGACUUACAUGGUAGGUUCGCGCAGAUAAGGAACGCAACGCGUCCGAUAAGCAAUCGGAAGGUGCUUGGGCGCCCCCAAUGACAGCAUUACAAGGCAGAAAGAAAUACAUCGGAAUGGAGGGGCUAUUCGCUCUGUAGAUCUACCCCACA